GGUUAUCUUGGCUCAGGUUUCUCUAGCCCACAUGUGUAAAUUCUAAAGCGCGCUGGACGACAGAAUUACGAGGAAAGGGCCCUGAGACAUCAACCUAUGAAGACUGUGAAGAUAACUCCGGCUGUGAAGAGAAUCCUGAGUAACAAUUGUGAAUAGUCUUGCAGCUUCACUUGUUUUGCAGAGCAUCUGAAAUGAGCCUCUCUUGAUGAUUUUAUUGGCCCCAAGCCAGGAAUACUAUAUUCAUUUGACUUCAGGAUAAGAAGAAUUCAUCAUAAACAUAUAAACCAGUGUGAUGCUGAAAUGAGAUGAGGCUCCGAAAUGGAACUGUGGCCACUGUUUUAGUAUUUAUCACUUCGUUCCUUACUUUGUCUUGGUAUACUACAUGGCAAAAUGGGAAAGAUAAUAACCUAAAGCUAUUAAAGGAGUUAACAAGCAAAAAACCUCUUCAAGUGCCAAGCAUUUAUUAUCAUUUGCCUCAUUUAUUGCAAAAUGAAGGAAGUCUUCAACCUGCUGUGCGGAUUGGUAGUGGCAGAAAAGGAGUUUCAAUAGUAAUGGGAAUUCCCACAGUGAAGAGAGAAGUCAGAUCUUACCUCAUAGAAACUCUUCAUUCUCUUAUUGAUAAUCUGUAUCCUGAAGAGAAGUUGGACUGUGUUAUAGUAGUCUACAUAGGAGAGACAGAUAUUGAUUAUGUGCAUGGUGUUGUAGCCAACCUGGAGAAAGAAUUUUCUAAAGAAAUCGAUUCUGGCUUAGUAGAAAUAAUAUCGCCUCCUGAAAGUUAUUAUCCUGACUUGACAAACUUAAAGGAGACAUUUGGAGACUCGAAAGAACGAGUAAGAUGGAGAACCAAACAAAACCUUGAUUAUUGUUUUCUGAUGAUGUACGCUCAGGAAAAGGGUAUAUAUUACAUUCAGCUUGAAGAUGAUAUUAUUGUCAAACAGAAUUAUUUUAACACUAUAAAGAAUUUUGCGCUUCAGCUGUCUUCUGAGGAAUGGAUGAUACUAGAGUUCUCCCAGCUGGGCUUCAUUGGUAAAAUGUUUCAAGCACCAGACCUCACCCUGAUUGUAGAGUUCAUAUUUAUGUUCUAUAAGGAGAAGCCCAUCGAUUGGCUUUUGGACCAUAUUCUCUGGGUGAAAGUCUGCAACCCUGAAAAAGAUGCAAAGCAUUGUGACAGACAAAAAGCAAACCUGCGCAUUCGCUUCCGACCUUCCCUCUUUCAGCACGUUGGUCUGCAUUCUUCUCUGACAGGAAAAAUCCAGAAACUCACGGAUAAAGAUUAUUUGAAACCAUUGCUUCUUAAAAUCCAUGUAAAUCCUCCUGCAGAAGUAUCUACUUCUCUGAAGGUCUACCAAGGACAUACACUGGAAAAAACAUACAUGGGAGAGGAUUUCUUCUGGGCGAUCACCCCAGUAGCUGGAGAUUAUAUCAUUUUUAAAUUUGAUAAGCCAGUCAAUGUAGAAAGUUAUUUAUUCCACAGUGGCAACCAAGAACAUCCAGGAGAUAUUCUGCUGAACACAACGGUGGAAGUUUUGCCUUUUAAGCAUGAAGGCUUGGAGAUAAGCAAAGAAACCAAAGACAAACGAUUAGAAGAUGGUUAUUUCAGAAUAGGAAAAUUUGAGAAUGGUGUUGCAGAAGGAAUGGUGGAUCCCAGUCUAAAUCCCAUUUCAGUCUUUCGACUUUCAGUUAUCCAGAAUUCUGCUGUUUGGGCCAUUCUCAAUGAGAUUCAUAUUAAAAAAGUCACCACCUGAUCAUCUAAGAAACGAAUACAUUUUUCCUGUGAAGCGGUUAAUGAAAGAUCAUUAAGCAUGUACCUUUAAAAAAAAAAAAAAAAAAAAACUUGAACACUACCUCUUGUGAAAUCUACUGUAGAUAAGAUGAUUGUCAUUUCCACUUGGAAAGUGAAUCUCCCAUGGAUAAUUGUAUUUGUUCCAGCUGAAGCUGUCCUCCAAUUUUAACUUGACUCAAACAUUUUACAGUUAUGACAGCCUGUUAAUAUGACUUGUACUAUUUUGGUAUUAUACUAAUACAAAAGAGUUGUACAUAUUGUUACAUUCCUUAAAUUUGAGAACAAAUAAUGUUAAAUACAUUUUAUGAAGGGGGUACUUUUGAAGUUCAUUUAUUUUACUAUUAUAUAGACCCUCUUUUAUA